AUUAAAUAUUGCUUUUAAGCAAAUUUAUAUAAAUAUAGCAAAAUGUGCUCGCAACGCAUUUAUUUUGUUUUCACGCUCGCAACUUGUUUACUUUUGACGCUGACAGCUGCUCAGGGCCUCUACUCAAUAAUUGCGCCAAAUACAGUGAGACCGAACUCUCAGUACCAUGUGGCUGUGAGCGUACAUAAGGCAGCGGAGCCCGUCAGAGUGAAGGUGGGCAUACUGAGCAGUGCUUACACAGAUUUCAAGACCGUCGAGCUGAGGCCCUACUCAACGCAGCUGCUGCACUUUGAGUUGCCCGCGCUCAAGUCCGAUCGUUAUCGGCUGACGGCGGAAGGCCUUAGCGGCAUAAUCUUUACGAACGAAACACAACUACAUUUCGAGCCCAAACAGCAUACGGUGCUGGUGCAGACGGACAAGAGCAUCUAUAAGCCCGGAGAUCUGGUGCAUUAUCGCAUACUGCUGCUCGAUGCGAAUCUCAAGCCCGCGCGGGGCUAUGGACGCGUGCACGUUGAGAUCCGGGACUCGGGCAACAAUCUCAUCAGGAGCUAUAAGGACAUACGUCUGACCAAUGCCAUCUACUCAAAUGAGCUGCAGCUCUCGGACUAUCCACGCUUUGGCGAUUGGUCCAUAAUUGUGGACGUGGCCGAGCAGCAGCACAAGCAAACGUUUGAGAUCUUGGAUCACAUCUUGCCCAAGUUUGUGGUGGACAUUGAGACGCCACGAAAAGCAAUCUAUAAGGAUGGCAAAAUCGCAGCUACAGUGAAAGCGCACUAUGCUUUUGGCCAACCCAUUAUGGGCGAGGCCACGCUCUCCAUUUAUCCCACCUUCUUUGGCUCGCUGCAGCCGUUCGUCAACGAUUUGAUCACCCGCAAGGUAGUGCCCAUCGAUGGCAGCGCAUACUUUGAGUUUGACAUUGAGCAGGAGCUGCAUCUGAAGCAAGACUAUGAGCGACAAUAUCUAUUGGAUGCACUGGUCGAGGAGCGCUCCACGGGUUCGGUGCAAAACUAUUCCACGGUGCUCACCCUCUACCUGAAUCACUUCCGCGUGGAGACAGUCAAGCUGCCCAGCUAUUAUAUACCCGGUGUGCCCUUUGAGGCAACAGCACGCAUAGCUCGCAAUGAUGGCAGCCCCUUGAAAGAUUUCGAUCCCGCGAUCACGGCUUAUUUGACAAAUGUCUAUGGCAGCAGCGAAAUGUAUAAUCGCACCACAUAUACCCUGGACGGUAGAGGCGAGGUCAAGAUGAAGUUCACGGUGCCAGUGGGCGAUCGUGAUGAGUUCCAUUCGAUUAUUGUGGACUAUAUGGGCGUUAUUAGCGAUGUGGGCAAGGUGCCACGCAAACAAUUGCACAGCAAGAAUUAUAUCACGGCCAAGGUUCUAAAUGACAAACCCAUGGUCAAUCAGGAAAUCGCUGUAGCUGUUCGAUCCAACGAGCCCAUGAAAUAUUUCAUGUAUCAAGUGGUGGGACGUGGUGAUAUAAUACUGACGCGCACUGUAGAUGUGGGUGAUAAUACCUAUCAUACGAUCAAGUUUCUGGCCUCCUUUGCCAUGAUGCCGCGUGCCAAGCUGUUCGUCUAUAUGAUAGUCAAUGGAGAGCUCGUCUACGAUGAGCAGAUCAUUCGAUUUGAGGAGAAUUUGCUGAAUGCAGUGCAAAUCGAAGCGCCCAUCCGCGCACCACCUGGCCAGGAUAUAGACAUAAGCAUCAGCACCAAGCCCUACUCCUAUGUGGGUCUCAUGGUUGUUGAUCAAAAUGCAGCUGCGCUGCGUAGCGGUCACGAUCUAACACACGAACGACUCAUGGAUGCUCUGUAUGCCUAUGAGCUAAGCGAUGUCAACACACCCGUCGGCUCGCCCGGCAAGGAAUCUGGUGUCAUUAUCAUGUCCAACACGGAUUACAUUGUGGAUAGAGAGAUCGACACCACACCGGCUAUAGGCAGGGAUAGCUCCACUACUGUAGAGGAGGAUAAACUAACAGCGGUGCGCAAAACAGACAUUGGACCCGCCCAUAAGAUAGAGGUGAACACGUUGCCACCUGGCAAGGGACGCUAUGCCUUCUCCUACACACCCAAGCCCUAUUGGCACAAUCCACGUGUUCAUGUCAUGCGCGAUCCGGCAGACACCUGGCUCUUCCUCAAUCUCUCCUCAAGCAGCGAUGGCCGCAACACAAUACAUCGACGCAUACCUAGUGACAUGACCUCCUGGCUGCUGACGGCCUUCACGCUUGAUCCGGUCAAUGGUUUGGGUCUGAAUACGCCCGUGAGUAAACUGGAGGCCUACAAGGAGUUUUACAUAGCCACCGAGCUGCCGUACUCCAUACGAAAAGAUGAACUGAUUGCCCUGCCGUUUGUGGUGCAUAAUAACAGAGACAGCGAUUUGAGUGUUGAUGUGACUUUCUAUAACACAGCGCAGGACUUUGACUUUCCCCAGCUGAACAUCAACCAGACCAAUAAGCCAAAGCUGGAGCUCUAUAGUCGUCGCACCAUUCAGGUGCCUGGAAAGUCGGCUCGCUCGAUCUCUUUCAUUGUGACACCCCGACGAGUCGGUGCACUGCCCGUAAAAGCUGUGGCAACCACAUCACAGGCCGGCGACACCGUCGAACGUACCCUGCUGGUCGAGCAUCCUGGGGCUACGGAGCGCGUGAAUCGUGGCUUCCUCUUUGAGCUGAACUCCAAUGCCCAGCGCAGGCAGAAUGUCACCAUCAAAGUGCCACGCAAUGCGAUACCCGACUCAACGAGCAUCGAAGUCAGCGCUGUGGGCGAUUUGGUGGGCAGCAUUGUGGGCAAUCUGCAGCAGCUCAUCCAGCUGCCAACGGGCUGUGGCGAACAGACCAUGGUCAACUUUGUGCCGAAUCUAAUGGUGCUGCGUUAUUUGGGCCGCUUGCGUCAACUAACGCCCGAGCUGGAGUUGGCCGCCACAAACAACUUGGCCGUGGGCUAUCAGCGCCUGCUCUACUAUCGGCACGAGAAUGGAGCAUUCAGCGCCUUUGGCCUGUCCGCCAAGAAGAGCUCCACAUGGCUGACGGCCUAUGUGGCCAGAUCGUUGCGUCAGGCGGCGCCCUACAUUCAGGUGGACGAUCAUGUGCUGCAGAGCGCCCUGGCCUACUUGGCCAGCGUGCAGUCCGGCAACGGCGGCUACGAGGAGCAUGGCGAUAUCUUUGAGCAGUUCGACGAUGGAGGCAUAAGUCUAACCGCCUUUGUGACGCUCGCCAUGAUGGAGAACGUGGAUCUACAUCCUGAGUAUCGGAAUAACAUCAACAAGGCGCUGGACUUUAUUACGCGAGGCCUGGACGCGUCCAACAAUCUGCAUGCCAUGGCACUGGGCACCUAUGUGCUGUCCCGGGCCAAUCACAAUGCCAAGGUCGCCUUCCUGCAACGUCUCGACUCGCUGGCCAUGAAUGCCGACGGACGCAAAUGGUGGAAUAAGACGGCCCCGGCUGCGGAACAGCAGUCGCCCUGGUACAAUGCCACGCGCAGCGUCAACAUCGAGAUCUCUGCCUACGGUGCAUUGGCACUGCUCGAGAACAAUCUGGUGGGCGAUGCAUUGCCCGUGCUCAAUUGGCUAAUGGAUCAACGGAAUAUAUUCGGCGGCUUUGUGGGCUCGCAGGAUACGGUUGUGGGUCUGCAGGCCCUGCUCAUGUUUGCCGAACGCUUCUCCAGCCAGGGCAACAAUGUGCAGUUGGCUUUCAAUUACGGAGAGGGUGCUGAGACCAUACUGAAUGUGAAUGCGGAGAAUUCGCUGGCGUUGCAGAGUGUGGAGCUGCCCAACAACAUUAAGAACGUCAGCGUGUCGGCCACUGGGCGUGGCUUAGCGCUGGCUCAGGUUAGCUACAAAUACAACACGAAUGUGACCAGCGCCUGGCCGAGAUUCGUGCUGGAUCCCACAGUGAAUCGCAAUUCCCAUGCGGACUACUUGCAUUUGUCUGCCUGCGCCAGCUUUGUUUCGGUGCCUGGCGAUGCGGAGCGCUCCAACAUGGCUGUCAUGGAGGUGCAGCUGCCCAGCGGCUUUGUGGUGGACACCGAUACGCUGCCCACGCUGGAGUCCAGCGAGCGCAUCAAAAAGGUCGAAACACAGCAGCGCAACACCAAGGUCAUCAUCUACUUUGACUAUCUGGACAGGCGAGAGGUCUGUCCCACGUUGCAUGCAUACAAAACUGUGAAGGUCACCAAGCAUCGACCCGUGGCUGUUGUCAUGUAUGACUACUACGAUAGUGCUCGUCGCGCUCGUCAGUUCUAUCGAGCGCCCAAGUCGAAUAUCUGCGACAUCUGUGAGCAUGCGAAUUGCGGCAACAUCUGCGAGAAGGCUGAGAAGCGGGAAUCGCGUCGUCCCGAUGAUUAUACGGCCAUAGCAGGACGUACCUCAGCUGGCAAUGGCCAGAAGGCAAUAUCCGUGCUGUUGCUGGCACUGAGCAUGCUCUCACAACUGCGCUGUUAAAAGGGUGAAGCGGGAGGCGAAAUAAACGGAAGCUUUAACAAAUACCACUCAUCUACUUAAUAAGCUAGACCUAGAACAAAUGUGAACUAAAACCGAUUAAUCUUAACGAUGCUAAAAGUUGCCAAUAAUAAAGAAAAAAUACGCUAACAUCUACUAAA